GGGUAAAGAGAGAGAGAACAUUAAGAUAUAUAGUAAUUGAGGCAGCUAGGAUCUGUGGUUAUAUUCUUGCUUUCCCUUGAGAUUGAAGAAUGCAAAACUUUCACAAGCUAGCACCUUUCUCUAUCCCUGCAUUCUAUGUCAUUCUUCUACCAUUAGUUAGCUGUUCAUUCCAUGAAGAAGUGAAUCAUGAUCAGUAUGGCAGUCACAAGAGCAUUAGACAUUACUUUCACAAGCCAAGUCCUCAGUUGUCAUCUGAUGUUACAAUUCAUGGGGUUCUCCUAUGGUUCUCACUCGGACUCUUAAUGCCUAUUGCGAUACUUGCUAUCAGAAUGUCUAGUAGAGAGGAACCACGGUCCACGCGGCUCAAAAUCCUUUUCUAUCUCCAUGUUAUUUUGCAGAUACUUUCAGCACUUCUUGCCACAGCUGGAGCAGUCAUGUCGUUCAAAAAAUUUGAGAAUUCAUUCAGCAACAGCCACCAAAGACUAGGUCUAGCACUUUAUUGUGGCAUAUGGGUGCAAGCCUUCAUCGGAAUUUUCAGGCCUAAGAGGGGGAAAAAAGAAAGAAGAUUGUGGUACUUUGUGCAUUGGAUGCUUGGGACGAUAAUCUCUCUUUGUGGGAUCAUCAACAUCUACACAGGCUUAAGAGCUUACAGUAAGAAAACAAGAAGAAGUACAGCCAUUUGGACAGUGCUUUUCACAGCAGAGGUCUCUUUCAUUGCUUUCUUUUACCUCUUCCAAGACAAAUGGGAAUAUAUGCAAAAGCAAGGGGAGAUUUCAGGGAAUGUUCCCAUCACACUUUCCAAUCAACAAAUUCCUGAAGGCCCCAACCAAAAGGAGCUGUUGCCUGAACCAUGUGGGAAGCGCAAUGCACUCAAGAAUUUGUUUGACUGAUAUGGGAUUCUUUAUUACCUUUUUCUUUAUGGUUUGCUCAUUUGCCUUUUGUUUUUUGAUGCCUGCACUUUUUGCAAGCGGAAGGUGAUUUCCCAAAAGAAUGCAUUAUUGGAGUGCAUGCAUCAAAAAGCAGAGUUCGGAUUGUCCAUUCAGAUAUGUAUAUUCUAGGUACCUCUUUCAUGUGAUGA